GGCUCAGGACCCGGAAAGUCCGUGUGCGCAUGCUCAGCAGGAUCGAUCUGUUCCGUUGAACUGAGAGUCGGAGUUAGUUUGUUGUUUUCUCGGUCUCCGGUUUUUCUCGGUCUCCGGUGAACGCGAUGGCCGGUACCGCCCUCAAGAGACUCAUGGCCGAGUAUAAACAGCUGACCCUGAACCCCCCCGAAGGCAUCGUAGCAGGUCCGGCCAACGAGGAGAACUUCUUCGAGUGGGAGGCCCUCAUCAUGGGUCCUCAGGACACCUGCUUUGAAGGAGGCGUGUUUCCAGCCGUGCUCAGCUUCCCCUCGGAUUAUCCGCUCAGUCCUCCCAAGAUGAGGUUCACCUGUGACAUGUUCCACCCCAACAUCUACCCUGAUGGCCGGGUCUGUAUUUCCAUCCUUCAUGCUCCUGGUGAUGAUCCUAUGGGCUAUGAGAGCAGUGCCGAGAGAUGGAGCCCGGUCCAGAGUGUGGAGAAGAUCCUGUUGUCUGUGGUUAGCAUGUUAGCAGAGCCCAAUGAUGAGAGCGGCGCUAACGUGGACGCCUCCAAGAUGUGGCGCGAGGACCGAGACCAGUUCUACAAACUGGCCCAGAAGAUCGUACGCAAGUCUCUGGGACUGUAGAGGUGAUGAUGUCAUCACGCUGCGCCCAAUGAACAGGCAUGGACUGAGAGUGGGCGGGGCCAUGUCAUCAUGACGUCAUCAGUCUGACGGCAGCAGACGUCCAACGUGGCGUCUAACGAACUCUUUUUAUCCGUCUCCACUUGUCUUUAAAUUAUUUCUUAAAGUUCUUUUAAUCUCGUCUCAGCCUCCAUCUUGUUGCCGCGUGUUGCCGCGUGUUGCCGCGGUGAAGGACUUGAAGCACUUUAUCUGUUCUGAGCUCAGACGCAGGUUUUUAUUCACCAGGAGUUUUUUUUGUUUGAUUUCAAAUGUUCUUCAUUAAAAACACAGAAUGAAAA